GGCAGCCUCGGGCUGAAUGGCGGUGGAGCGGGUGCAGCCGGGACCGUGGCCGGAACGCAGUGAUCUGUGGACGGGAGCAGGGCGGGCGGGGCCGGGGUGCCAGACCCAGCGCCACCCGAACGCGAUUGUGGGGCGGCUUCGGGGCUGAGAGAAAGGAGCGCGUUGGCCCGACUGUGCGUGUGUCCCGGACGCCGCCUCCAUUCGGUGGCAGAUGUCGGGGUUCCACCAGGAGCGAGAUGACCUCGAUCUUGCGAAGCCCUCAGGCUCUGCAGCUCACCCUGGCCCUCAUCAAGCCUGAUGCCGUCGCUCACCCACUGAUUCUGGAGGCUGUCCAUCAGCAGAUUCUGAGCAACAGGCUCCUCAUUGUGCGAAGGAGAGAGCUGGUGUGGAGGAGAGAAGACUGCCGCCGGUUCUACCGGGAGCACGAAGGGCGCUUCUUCUACCAGCGGCUGGUUGAGUUCAUGGCCAGCGGGCCCAUCCAGGCCUACAUCCUCGCUCACCCGGAUGCCAUCCAGCUCUGGAGGACGCUGAUGGGGCCCACCAGGGUGUUCCGAGCUCGCCACGUGGCCCCCGACUCCAUCCGGGGGAGUUUCGGCCUCACCGACACCCGCAACACCACCCACGGCUCCGACUCCGUGGCCUCCGCCAGCAGAGAGAUCGCGGCCUUCUUCCCCGACUUCAGCGAGCAGCGCUGGUACGAGGAGGAGGAGCCGCAGUGGCGCUGGGGUUCCGUGCGCUACAGUCCGGAAGGGGGUGUCCACUGCGCAGCCAGCACAGGCGGCCAGGACCGGCCUGACACCGGCCUGUCGGUCUGAAGGCUGGAUCGGGGGGGGGGGGGGGGGGCC